AUGGCUACUUCAGUAAAUCAAUUAUUCGUUGAUUCAACCUCUAGAGGAUCCGAUUUGUCAAUUAGAAAUUAUAUUAAAUAUCUUUAUGGUCGAAGCAAAUGUUUUGAAAAAGAGCGUGUUGUAACAAAUAAUAUGUGGUGCGAUAGUCAUGCGCAAUGUUGUCACCGGAAGGUCACUGGAAUUUUUACUAUUGCAAGAUCUCAAUGGAAGGCCAUAAAUUCCAACACUGGUAAUGCAGAACCAAAAAUGUUGGCAAAUUGGUUCAAUUUGAAUCCAAAAAUUAUGAUCAUAUAA